AUGCGAAAUAGAGCUGUUCAUCAGUACCUGUCAUUGUUGCCAUUGGAAGGCAGGGGAUCAACAAUGCUACCGUUGCUCAUUUUGCUUGCGACUGCGUUGGUCGUACAGCCCAUUACAGUAGAUGAAUACAAGAAGUUGCCAGUGGAGAAGGAUUUCAAAGAUAUGACAGGUCAAGAAGCAGUGGACUACAUAAACUCACAUCAAACAUUCUACAAGGCAGCUUACAAGCCAGGAAUCGAGGAAUUUGUGCAGUCGCGAUUGAUGAAAUCAAAGUACCUUGAUGAUCCACUUGCCGACAAGCUGAUGCCACGCAUAGAACCUGUUGGAGACGAUCCUCUUCCAGAAAGCUUCGAUCCACGCGAUAAAUGGACUAAAUGUGCCAAGAUAAUCGGCCACAUUCGAGACCAGUCCAAUUGCGGUUCGUGUUGGGCAGUAGCGAACACUGAAGUGAUGUCAGAUCGUGUAUGUAUUCAGACAGACGCAAAAUACACUGUACAUAUCUCUGAUACCGACUUGCUUGCAUGCUGCGGAUCAUACUGCGGUUAUGGAUGCGAAGGUGGAUAUACCGCUCGAGGCUGGACAUACUUUACGUCAUCGGGAAUCUGCACAGGAGGGCCUUAUGGUGAUAAGAACUGCUGCAAACCAUACGCAUUCUAUCCAUGUGGCAAACACGAAAACCAAACAUAUUACGGUCCAUGUCCCUGGAACACUUGGGAUACACCCGCAUGCCGCAAUCAGUGUCAACUAAAAUAUCGUAAGAGGGAAUAUGAGGACGACAAAUUCUGGGGAAAUGGUAGCUACUAUGUCGCUGCAAAUGAAACUGCUAUCAGGAGGGAAAUAUAUAACAAUGGACCAGUGCUCGUAUCUUUUAGAGUCUACUCUGACUUCAGUUACUACAAAGGAGGAGUUUAUAUACAAAAAUCUGGAUAUGAUCAAGGAGGGCACGCCGUAAAAAUGGUUGGAUGGGGUGUAGAUAAAACAGGCGCUUCACCAAUACCUUACUGGUUGGUCGCUAACUCGUGGAACGUUGAUUGGGGAGAAAAUGGUUUCUUCCGCAUCAUUCGUGGAACAAACGAGUGUAACAUUGAAGGAAAUGUAAUUGGUGGACGUGUUAAUCUCAAAAAGCUUCCCUAAAUUGUGCUGCUUUUUCUGAAUAAAUGUUCAUAUUUUAUUA